AUGGAAGGAAGUGGAAGUAACUUCUUUACUGGUGCCGCGGCGAACUCAAAUGCCGCCACGCAGCAGCGGCGGGUGCACCCGAUCCGCCCCGUCACAAUUAAACAACUGCUCGAGGCUCAACGUGUGGGUGAAGGUGUGACGGUUAUUGAUGGUCGUGAGGUGACACAAGCAACUGUUGUGGGGCGAGUGGUGGGCUACGAAAACGAUAGCGACAACCGCUUCAGUGGCGGUGCCCUCACGGCUAAACACCACGGCUACCGAAUUACUGAUGGCACUGGUGUUGUUGUGGUGCGGCAGUGGAUGGAUGCCGACCAGCAGGAUGAUCCGCUGCCAUUGCAAUGUUAUGUGCGGGCAGCCGGUACAGUGAAGAUGUGGCAAAACUCUCCUAUUGUUACGGGCACGGUGCGGCUUGUGUCAGACUGUAAUGAACUAAACUAUCACUUUCUUGACGUGAUUCUCACACAUCUACGACUCACGCAGGGGUCGCGACGUCCCAGCUCUGCUGCUCCCGCUGCAGUUCCCAAUACGGCGAGUGCAGUCGGUGUUCAGAACAUGUUUCCUGGUGGUGAUGGAAAGGUGUUCACGACUGAUGUUGUCAUCAACACAAUCAGGCAGAAGGCACGGGGGGAGGAGGGACUUUCCAUGGAUGAAAUCUCUGCGGCUGCAUUGCAAUAUGGUUUCAGUGGUCAAGACGUACGCAACGCCAUACGUACGUUGAUGGAGGAGGGAAAGAUUUACCAAACACAUGAUUGUAAGUUUGGCAUUUAA